GAUUGUUACUGGGGAUGAUCGUUGUUUGUAAUACUAAAAAAGAAAGAGUGUAAAAUCAAUGAAAACGUUUUUUUACUGUUUUUUAUUUUCAUUCUUUUUUCUUUAUAUAUUAUCAAAAUCCUAAAAUCCUAAAAUCAAUGAAAAUCGCUUCUUUCCGAUCAACAUUGUUAAGGAUCCUCAAGCUUUUCCGAUCCCGACGACGCAUCACUCAAGCAGUGGAACGUCGAUCGAUGUUGAUGGUGGAAUUAGCAUUGAUCCUAGGAUUUAUGAUUCUUUUGUUUGUGCCAUGGAGAAGGCAAAGGCUCUCUUUUAUGGGAUAAUCGUACCAGACACUUGUUUUGCUACCAUUCCCUUAUAAUUGGCCUUUCCAAGGUCCUAUCUGGUCGACCUAUGGGGCUUUUAUCAGUGGAUUUAUAGAGGCAGGGGAUUUUGCAUCUGCGGACAAGUAUGCGAAAGAGAUAGCUGGAAUGUGGCCUAGUUUCUCAAUUUCAUUCUUAGAUUUCGUUUUUGGGUUUCCUUUAUGAAUAUAAGUUUUCGAUUAUUCAAUUCGGAGCAGUUUCUGGAGCCGUGUGUGCAUCGACUUUGGCAAGGAAUGGCGUCUCCGUCACUAUCUUCGACUCUGGUCGUGGACGCAUGUCUCAAAGGAGAGAGAUUGGAGAAGAUGGGAAGGAGUUGAUGUUCGACCAUGGAGCUCCAUUUUUCUGUGUGGGCAACUCUGAUGCAAUGGCUCUUGUUCAUGAGUGGGAGUCCAGGGGUUUUGUUUCUGAAUGGAAACAAGUUUUUAGGAGUUUCGAUUAUGCCUCCAACAAGUUUCUUGGCAUCCAACAGGAAGGGGAUGCAAAGAAGUAUGUGGGUGUUCCGGGCAUGAACUCUAUAUCUAAGGCCUUGUGUAACGAGUCAGGUGUUAAAAGUAUGUUUGGAACUGGUAUUGCCAAGCUGGAAUGGUUGGAAGAAGAGAUACCAUGGUUGUUGACAGAUUCAAAAGGAGAAAAUUUGGGUCGUUUCGAUGGAGUUGUUGCAUCAGAUAAAAACAUUGUUUCUCCCAGGUUUACUCAAGUAACCGGACUCUCACCGCCUCUGGACUUAAGUCUAGUCCCAGAGUUGGCGACUAAGCUGCAAAAUAUUCCUGUUCCACCAUGCUUCUCUCUUAUGCUAGCUUUCAAGGAGCCGUUGUCUUCGAUACCAGUAAAGGGCUUAUCUUUCAAGAAUUCAGAGAUUUUGAGCUGGGCUCACUGUGAUAGCACCAAGCCUGGACGGUCUACUGAUAGUGAAAGAUGGAUACUGCAUUCUACUCCAGACUAUGACAACAGUGUUAUUGCCAAGACCGGCCUCCAAAAGCUAUCCAGUGAAACACUAAACAAAAUAUCUGAAGAGAUGUUCAAAGAGUUUCAGUGCUCAGGCCUUGUUAGUUCUCUCCCCUUUUUCAUGAAAGCCCACAGAUGGGGAAGUGCAUUUCCAGCCAAAAGCAUAGCCGUAGAGGAGAGGUGCCUUUGGGAUAGAAACAGGAAUCUAGCAAUCUGUGGAGAUUUCUGUGUCAGCCCAAAUGUCGAAGGAGCCAUUCUCAGUGGCUUAGCUGCAGCGUCAAAGCUUUUGCAGACUUCUAGCUUCUUAUAGGUACCAUAUUGAGUGUAUCCCCAAUACCUAAACAGAGUAAUAUAUACAUUUAUAUAAAGAUUCUACUAGAAUCAUGUAAAAUGACAACGACAGUGUUCCUCGUGAACUCUAUCCGCCGAUGAAACAGAUACAUAUCGGAAUAUCAUGUGAUCUUCUAAAUCUCUACUUUGUUCCUUGAGAAAUGAUAGCCAGCGCAGUUCUAUCGAUGAAAGUGCCAUUCGCGGUGCUUAUUGAUGGAUUCGAUUGGCAACAUCUACGAAAGAACCACUGCCUUGGCUAUGCAAUCACCUAUCCCAUCAUGUCCACAGACACGCAAACGUUAUUUCCCCCCGAAGAAUUGUUCCAAUCAUGGAUAUGAAUAUAGCAAUAGUAACUCUGGUUACACUCGAUCAUCAGCAAUUCCAAGCACUGCUUGGAAUACCAAUGUCGGUCAACAGGCUCUCCGAGCUACCUUCUCCAUAACUCUGUGAUUCUUUAGCCCCGAGGCUUCCGUCGAUCUUAGUGAGCUGACUGAGUAGAGCUCUGAGAACCAUCUGAUCUGAAGAACAGAACGAGUCGAGGCCUGUGAGCGUCGCUGGGGCUGAACCACCAGUAAACAAGGGGUUAGGGUUCUUGCAUGGAAUCUUGAGUUCAGAGGCUGAGUUCAAGGUUUGGUUUGAGUUCAAGGUUUGGUUCUGUGACAAAUUGGAGAAGCAGGGUACGUGCUCAUUGAUGAUUCGUUUACUCGCUGUUUUUUUUCUAAAAUGGGAGGCAGCUGAGAAGGUUAUGGUUCGACUAAAAUACGUUCCUGAUUCUUCGAGUGUGAAUAAAUGAUCGUUGCAUUUCCUCAAACCAAAUCAUGGAAGCCGAUGCUGCUACAUAAAGAUUUAAGACGGAAAGCCAAAAGCCAAAAGCAGAUAAAUUUCUUUUUCUUUGUGGCUAACAAGGAGACUGCAUGCUGGUUUUUACUUUGGACCUGAAGAUUAUUGUAGAAAGUAAUCGUGUCAAAAGAUUGCAGUUAGUGGUAGUAACAAGCAUUUGAUAAAUGGGAAGCUUGCACAACCUAGUCAAGUCCAGAAUCUUUUCCACUCUGUGCAGCUUAAUAAUGUCAACAAUCCACACUUUCUCAUCAUGCAAGGUAGAAUCACCAAAGUCUUAAACAUGAAACCUCCCGAGAUACUGUGGGUGCUGGAACAAGAAUGUAUGAAAACAAGAAAGAAAGAAUGUUCAACAGUAGAGGAAGAAGAAGAAGAAGAUGAGACAUGGAGGAGCGAGAUAGUAACAAGGGUGAUGAGAAUCGUGAGCAAGAGAUUGAUCUUUUUUACUCUGCUACCUUGAUGGUCUUAAGGUUCGUGUUUCCUUUGGAAGUAGUCUUUAUCAGAUGACAGCAGAGGGCAAAGUUGAUGCAGCUCUUGAUCCAAGUCACACACACAACAUAGGAAGAAGCUCAUUUCCCUCACUCGCAGGUCAAAAUAUCUAUCUCAAGCUCGGACAGUAACAAAGCCGACCAAGUGAUCGAUCGGCUUCAUACCUCAAUCGAAUCAUAUAUAAUCGAUUAAUAUACAGUAAUUCCAAAAACUAUUCAUCUA